AUGUCAUCACACGUCGAGCCCGCCGCGCCCGCACAGCAGCACUUCCAACCGCCCCUCGGCGCAUCGCCGCGCAUAAACAUCCACGACGGCGACAACAAUAACAACGACAGCAGCAACAAAUACGUCACCGGCAACCCGCACAUGCUCAAAAUCGCCUCGCACACGGCCUACCGCUCCGCCGCGCGCUCGCCCGCGUCCAUCCUGUCCAAGAAGGCGUCGUGGGUCGACACCAGCCGCAACGUCUCGCUGUCGCCCAAGAACCUGUCCCGCCCCGCGUCGGCGGCGGCGAGUCCGGUGGGCACGCCCAUCGGCACGCCGAGGAACAGGUCGCCGGUUGGCUCGCCGACGAGGGAGCGGUCGCCGGUGAGGCGGGGGGAGGAUGGGGUGAGGGUGUUUGCGGGGAUGUUGGGGGGGGGGGGGGGGGGUGGGGAGGGAAGCGCGAGGAAGGUGGUGUAUGAGGGGGUGUACAGCGCCCUCACCACCACCUCCGUCCCCCCCACCGGCUCCCUCAGCACCCCCGCCCACCCCACCGCCGACCAAACCCUCUUCAUCACCUCCGGCCACGGCCUCUUGAGCGAGGCACGCCCCAUCAAAACCGGCGACGUCGUCGUCGUGCCGGCAGGGACGCGGCACGAGUUUCUAAACACGGGCGACGCGCCGCUCGAGUUCAUCGCCGUGUGCAGCGGCCCCAAGACGUCGAAGGAAGGCCGGGGCGAUGCUGACGGCGACGACGAUGAAGACGAUGAAGAAGAAGGGGUUUUGGUUUGA